AUGCUGCGCGUCAUUCAGGUUAAUCUGAAGCAGUCGAAAUGUGCCCCGGAUAACCUGAGAGUUUUCCUGAGGGAGGAAAACUUCGAUGUGGGCAUGAUCCAAGAACCCUGGGUAAAUGGCCUUCAAGUGAGAGGCCUCCGAGACAGCCAAUAUGACCUUUUUUAUAGGCCCGUCAGUUCGAAUCAAGCUUUUUUGUGUCCCAACUUUAGCACCUCUGAUUUAACAGUUAUUAAAUUAGAGGGUUCAAAUACCGACAGCUUACUUUUGGCCUCGGCGUACAUGGCACAUGACCAGCAGUCACCGCCGGAUGAAGUACGCAGACUGACAUCUGAAGCCAAUACAUCAAAGACUAGCCUACUCAUUGGGUGUGACGCAAAUGCGCGUCAUACACUAUGGGGUAGUUCAGAAAUCAACGAACGAGGUGAGUCAUUAUUUGAUUAUAUUAUCGAAAAUAACCUUACUAUUUGCAACCUUACUCCAACCUUCACUUUCCCGAGUUCAGGUCUUUUUCAGAUCCUCUUCCAACUUAAUUUUGAAACCAAAAUCCCAACCCCUUAUAGAAAUCCCAAAAGAAUUGACUGGAAGAAAUUCAGUCAAAUUUUUAGCGCAAAGCUACGCAGCAUACCUAAUCUGAGCACAGAUACGGUUGCGGAUCUUGAGUCAAAUGUUUUGACCUUUGAAAGAUCGAUGAUCACUGCCUCCAAGGCUUCGUGCCCGGUAAGACAUAGUAGCAAAACUUUUCCUCCUUGGUGGAAUGAAGACUUGUCUAAUCUAAGGAAAAUGACUAGAACAAUCUUCAACAUCUGCCAUAAACACAAAUUCUAUGAACCCUGUAAGGACUGCUUAAGAGUCUAUAAGCGUACUACAUCCAAAAGAGAAAGCUGGGAGGAAUACUGCCAUUCCAUUGAAGAUAUAAAGGACUCCGCCAGGCUAAGCAAAGUUCUAUCGAGGGAACACACCAAUCCCUCGUUCCUUAAAAAGCUUGACGGAUCCUGGACUAUAUCUCCAGCUGAGUCCCUGGAACUACUGAUGACUACUCAUUUUCCGGGGUGUGAAGAUAACACCUCUGAAGUGAAAAUAAAUCCCACUUUGCUGUCACUUACGACUGAACAUGUUUACUCCCUGAUAACAAGAGAAAAUAUAGAAAAUAAGUCUCCAGGCCCUGAUGGUAUUCUGCCUAUCAAGCUACAAAAGCAGCAAGACAUAGCAGUUCCGUGGCUUGAAAAAAUCUCUAAAGGCUGCCUUCUUAACCAUGUGCCCAAGUCGUGGAGACAAGAUCAUGAAUAA